AUGUCAUCUGUACGCAUGCAACAUUUUGUAACCAGGUUAAAGUCCAAAAACUUAGAAAUCCGUAAACGUGCUGCUCGAGAUUUAAAUCUCUAUGUUAAAACUGAACUACGCGAAGUAUCAGCAGAAGAACGUGCAGUUUUUAAUGAUGAAUUUAACCAACAUAUAUAUGAAAUGGUGUCAAGUUCUGACAGCAAUGAGAAAAUUGGUGGAAUACUUGCUAUAUUGUGUUUAAUUGGUGCUGAUGUUGGCAAUAAAAAUAACCGUAUUAGUAGGUUUGCAAACUAUCUACGUAAUUUAUUGCCAUCUGCCGAUUCGGCAGUAAUGGAGCUUGCUGCCAAAACAGUUGGAAAAUUAGCCUUGGACUCUGGCACUUAUGCAGAUCAGUAUGUUGAAUUUGAGGUGAAAAGAGCAUUUGAAUGGUUAGGUGGUGUAAGAAAUGAGCCCAAAAGAUAUGCUGCAGUGCUCAUACUCAGGGAAAUUGCUACUAUGGUUCCCACUCUAUUUUUUCAACACGCAGCUCAAUUUUUGGAUUUGGUGCUAAAUGUAGCGCGUGAUCCAAAACCAAGCAUUAGAGAUGGAGCUGUAGAAGCAUUAAGAGCAGCUCUUGUUGUAACUGCUCAAAGAGAAACCUCUAAACAGACCCAGAAAUCUGAAUGGUACAAGCAAUGCUAUGAAGAAGUGAUGAAUGGAAUUGAUGAUUGUAUAAAUAAAGAUAAAGGAGUAAUUCGUGAUGACAAGAUCCAUGGAUCCUUACUAGUAUUAAAUGAACUACUUAGAGUCAGUAAUGUUAGUUGGGAAAGACGAAACGACUCUUUGAUGCAAAGAUUGCAAUGGGAUCAAAGUCAGACUAGUGCGGAAAUACUGAGUUUAUUACCUCGGACAAAGUCUGCUUUAAAAGGAUUGGUAGGUGGUUCUGGACGAACAGAUGAUGACUCAGUAAGAAUCGCAUCAUCAGGUAUUCGAUACGAAAGUAGUGCUUGUAAAAAUCUACUGCAAGAAAACUAUGAUCGAGUGUGUUCAUCAGCAAUAUCUCAUAGAAUGUGCAGAAAUCUUUUAGUGAAUUCUGCUCUGAUGAAAUUGCUUCCUAGAUUAGCUGCAUUCAAUAAAUCAAUUUUUGUUCAAAACUACUUAAAUUCUUCAAUGCUGUUUCUUCUUGCAACUAUUCGCGGUCGUGAUCGUGAUCAACGGACUUAUGCAUUGGUUGCUGUUGGUCUAGUAGCAAUAGCUAUUGAAGAUCAUAUUAAGCCGUAUUUAUCCAAAAUUGUAGAAUUGAUACGUAGUUUCUUACCAUCCAAGGAUAGUUCAAAAAAAAAACCUACAAAUUCUGAACCAGCGGUUUAUGUUUGUAUUACAUUAUUGGGAAUCGCUACUCAACACAAUAUUAAGAAUGAUCUUAAAGAACUUCUUGAACCUAUGUUGGCCAUGGGCCUCAGUCCUACUCUCACUAUAGCCUUUAAAGAAUUAGCAGUAGCUGUACCUGCAUUAAAAAAAGAUAUAUCUGAUGGAUUACUGAAAAUACUGUCUCAAGUGCUUAACAACCGUAAUACUUCAAUAGCUUUACCAAUAUCUGUUACAAGUUCUGCACUCAGUUUGUCAUUAAUGCCAUCAGCUUUCGAGUCUCAAAAUAUUUCAAAUAUUGUUUUGGCUCUCAGAACACUUGGUAGCUUCAACUUUGAGGGGCAUUCUUUACUGCAAUUUUUACGUCGCUGUGCUGAGCAUUAUCUAGGAAGUGAACAACAGGAAGUCCGAAUUGAAUCUGUUCGAACAUGUAGUCGUUUAUUACGUUUGGCAAUUGAGUCGCCACAAAGUAAAACAUCUCAUACUGUUAGAUACACAAUUUCUACAGUAAUCAAGCAACUACUGGUCGUUGGAGUUGCUGAUACUGAUCCUGAUGUGCGUUAUGUAGUGUUUGAGAAUCUCGACCGCAGUUUUGAUUUUUAUCUAGCUCAAGUUCACAAUCUUACAGCAUUAUUUAUGGCUAUGAAUGAUGUGAAUUUUGAAAUAAGAGAAAUGGCCCUCUGUACUAUAGGGAGGCUUAGCCUGGUAAAUCCUGCUUAUGUAAUGCCACCAUUACGCAAAACACUGAUGCAGUGUUUGACUGAACUUGAACAUAGUGGAAUGGGUCGUAAUAAAGAGCAAAGUGCCAGAAUGAUUGACCACAUGGCUGUUCACGCUCCUCGUCUUGUAGCUCCAUAUGUGCAACCAGUUUUAAAAAUAUUGGUUCCUAAACUUCAUGAACCUGAUUUAAAUCCAAGUAUUUUGAUAAGUAUACUUGCGUGCAUUGGAGAUUUGGCACAGGUAAAUGGUGAAGAAAUGUGUUGUUGGACUGAUGAACUGUUGCCUUUCUUAUUGGACAUGUUAGGCGAUGGUGCAUCGCAAGAAAAACGUGGAGUUGCUCUGUGGGUACUUGGUAAAUUAGUUGAAGGACUUGGGUAUGUCAUCCAACCAUAUGAAAAAUACCCUUCAUUAUUAGACACUUUACUGGGAUUUUUAAAAACCGAACAACAGCCUAUAGUCAGAAGAGAAACAAUACGGGUACUAGGACUCCUUGGAGCUUUAGAUCCUUAUAAACAUAAAAUGAACUUGGGACAGAUUGAUUCUCAAAUUGAGUCUACUGCUUUACUUUCGAUGACUGAUCCUCGUCCUAUAUCAGAAACCGAAUGGACGACUAGUGAAAUGUUAGUAAACAUGAGUACAUCAACACUGGAAGAAUAUUAUCCAGCCGUAGCGGUUGCAACACUUAUACGCAUCAUUCGUGAUCCAAAUUUAGUUCAACAUCACACUAUGGUUGUACAAGCUAUAACAUUUAUCUUUCAAUCUUUGGGUAUAAAGUGUGUGGCGUACAUACCACAAGUUAUGCCAAGUUUUUUAAAUGUAAUUCGUACAGCAGAUGCCAACUUCAGAGAAUAUCUAUUCCAGCAGUUGGGUGUACUUAUAAAUAUUGUUGGCCCACACAUCCGCAACUAUUUGGAUGAUAUAUUUUUGUUAAUUAAAGAAUUAUGGAUCCCAAAUAGUUCACUACAAUGUACUUUAAUCCAACUAGUCGAGUACAUAGUCGUGGCGCUUGGAGCACAGUUCAAAACCUACUUAUCUCAAUUAAUGCCUAAUAUACUAAGAAUACUUUAUCAUGACUCUAGUAAAAACCGCAAUGUUACCAAAAGGAUGGUUGUAGCUUUAUGUAAAUUUGGUAUUAAUUUGGAUGAAUAUUUACACAUGAUUAUGCCACCACUAGUAAACUUAUUCGAUGCUACUGAUCAUCCUACUCAAGUCAGCCAGGUGGCAAUGGAAACUGUUGCACAGUUAGCAUACACUUUGGAUUUUACAGACUACGCAUCACGCAUAAUACAUGGAAUUGUAAAUUCUAUAGAAAGUACACCAGAACUUAGAAAAACUGCUAUGGAAACAUUAUGUGCAUUGAUAUGUCAAUUGGGUCGCAAAUAUAUAAUUUUUAUGCCACUUGUUGCUCGCACUUUAAAUAAAUGCCAAUUCAAUUAUCCCCCUUAUGACAUGCUCAUUACUUAUAUAUCAUCAAACACUGAUGGAAGUCUAGAAGAAAACCUGUUGCUUUCUAGACACAAGCAGUUCAAAAGUAAAAAAGAAGUUGGUGUACAUUUAGUUGGAGAUGCGGCUACCAUAAUAAAAAAGAUGCAUACAUCAUUGCCGAAUUUACAAAAAGCAUGGUUGGCAAAUCGUUGUGUUUCUAAAGAUGAUUGGCUAGAGUGGUUAAGACGACUCGGCAUUGAUUUCUUGAAAGAAUCACCAUCACCAGCACUGCGUUCAUGUUGGGCACUUGCCCAAACAUAUUCUCAGUUGCCUAAAGAUCUGUUUAAUGCAGCGUUUGUCAGUUGUUGGACAGAAUUAACAGAACCACUUCGAGAAGAGCUAAUACAGACAUUAGAACAGGCAUUGAUGGUUUCUGAUCUUCCAGAAAUGACUCAGACUAUAUUGAACUUGGCAGAAUUUAUGGAUCACUGUGAAAAAGGACCAUUGCCAAUUGAUCCUCAUAUACUUGGUGAAAGAGCUAUGGACUGCAGAGCUUACGCAAAAGCUCUGCACUACAAAGAAGAUGAGUACAUCCAAGAGAUAAAUAGUCGAGUAUGCCCAAAUAUUAUUGAAUCACUUAUAUCUAUUAACAACAAAUUACAGCAAAAAGAGGCAGCAUCGGGUCUGUUGGAAGUAGUUAUGAGUAAGCAAGAAGAAGACCAAGAACCUGGGGAACAGUUGAAAAUACAAGCAAGGUGGUUCGAAAAACUACAUAACUGGGAACAAGCAUUGUCAUGUUACGAAGGGUUUUUGCAAAAGGAACCAAAUGAUAUAGAAUGGUCAUUAGGAGAAAUGAGAUGUUUGGAAUCUUUGGGUCAAUGGGGAAAGCUGAAUAAUGUGGCUGCUUCUCAUUGGUUACAUUUUCCUGAAAGUGGGCGUGAAAAAAUGUCAAGGGUUGCUGCAGCUUCAGCCUGGGGACUAAAACAGUGGCAACAAAUGGCAGUUUAUGUGGAUUUCAUACCGAGAGACACUAUGGAUGGGGCCUUUUAUAGAGCGGUUUUAUCUAUUCAUGGAGAACAGUACGAACAUGCUCAGAAAUUUAUUGAUUUGGCUCGGGAAAUUUUGGAUACCGAACUUACAGCAGCCGCUGCAGAAAGUUACCAGAGAGCUUAUGGUGCCAUGGUUUCCGUACAAAUGUUAUCUGAACUUGAAGAAGUUAUUCAAUAUAAACUGAAACCAGAGAAACGUCCGAUUAUUUACAAAGUUUGGUGGGACAGGCUUCAGGGAUGUCAAAGAGUUGUAGAAGACUGGCAGCGUAUAAUUCAAGUACAUUCAUUGGUGUUAAAUCCCGAAGAAGAUAUGCAUACAUGGCUUAAGUAUGCUGCUUUGUGUCGCAAAUCAUCACGCUUGGUAUUGUCUCAUAAGACUCUAACAACAUUAUUGGGUACAGAUCCUUCAAAAAAUCCUUCUGAACCAUUACCAAUGACACAUCCUCAUGUCACAUUUGCAUACAUUAAGCAUAUGUGGACUUCUGGGACUAAAGCGGAAGCCUUCAAUCAUUUAAAUAGUUUGAUCCAAUAUGUGCUGCCACAAUUAAAACGAAGAGGGAAAGAUAGCGAGAAACUUAGAAAUGAUCCUACUAAAAAACUAUUGGCCAGAUGCUACUUAAAGUUAGGUAAUUGGCAAGAAGAGCUUCAGGGUUUGACUGAAUUGUCAAUACCAAAUGUUUUAGAACACUACUCUGAGGCAAAAGCUCAUGAUCCUAGCUGGUAUAAGGCAUGGCAUUCGUGGGCGUAUAUGAAUUUGAAACUGUUCCUUUUCUACAAACAUAAGCAAAAUAAGUCACAAUCAAAUGAUCAUACUGCAGAAAAAGCAAUAACUGAUAAAGCUAGCUCUGAGUUUCCAAAGUCUGACCAAUAUAUUUCCAAAUUUACUGUACCUGCAGUUGAAGGAUUUUUUAAAUCUAUUGCACUGUCUCAGGGUAGUUCACUACAAGAUACAUUGAGACUCUUAACUCUUUGGUUUGAAUAUGGUCAAUAUCAUAAUGUGUAUGAAGCCAUUGUUGAUGGCUUAAAAUCUAGUCAUAUCAACACAUGGUUACAAGUGAUACCUCAACUGAUUGCUCGCAUUGACACACCUCGUACACUAGUCAGUCGUCUGAUUCAAGUUCAGCUAAUCGAUAUAGGCAAACACCAUCCUCAGGCUUUGGUUUAUCCACUGACUGUCGCAAAUAAAUCUGCCAGUGCAGCACGUAGGAAUGCUGCAAGAAAAAUCUUAAAAACUAUGUGUGAACAUAAUCCAAAUUUAGUGCAGCAAGCAGUCAUGGUUAGUGAUGAACUACUUAGGGUUGCCAUACUUUGGCAUGAAUUGUGGCAUGAGGCCUUGGAAGAAGCCAGUAGAGGACCUGAGACUCUGAAAGAAACAUCAUUUAACCAAACAUAUGGUAGAGAUUUGGUUGAAGCUUUAGAAUGGUGUAAUCGUUAUCUGGUUUCUGGUAAUAAUCGUGACUUGAAUCAAGCAUGGGAUUUAUAUUAUCAUGUUUUUCCGUCGAAAUAA